UCACCCAACUCCGGUUUGACUCAGGCACACCACAAAAACGACGCCGUUUCAGAGCCGAAAAAUGAAAAUCAUCCAUCAGCGUGAAUCAAGUUAAACCCUUGAAGUCGUGAAGACCCCCUUCUCCCUUGGUUCCGCACGAAAUCAGAAUCCAAUACCCAUCCCCAUAAAAAGCGUAAAGAAAAAAUUCGAAGUCAAAAUCUGAAGAUGGAGACAAGGGACAGGCAGAGAUUUGUAGCAACGUACAUGAUUUUAGCUCUUCUUUUGAAUUUGAUCGGCCGUAUCUCGUCCCUCUCGGUGACGGUGAACGAAGAAGAAUGUAUAUACGAGUACGUCAUCUAUGAAGGCGACACCGUUUCUGGAAAUUUCGUCGUAGUUGACCACGACAUCUUCUGGAGCGCCGAUCAUCCUGGCAUCGAUUUUACUGUGACAUCUCCAGCAGGAAAUGUAGUGCAAACUUUGGCAGGGACAUCUGGGGACAAGUUUGAAUUUAAAGCCCCUCGAAGUGGAAUGUACAAAUUUUGUUUUCGCAAUCCCUAUUCAACGCCAGAGACAGUUUCUUUCUACAUUCAUGUGGGCCACAUUCCCAAUGAGCAUAACCUUGCCAAAGAUGAACAUUUAGACCCUAUUAAUGUAAAAAUUGCUGAGCUGAGGGAGGCUUUGGAGUCUGUUACAGCGGAGCAGAAGUACUUAAAAGCACGUGAUGCUCGACAUCGUCAUACAAAUGAAAGCACAAGGAAGCGUCUUUUAGGCUACACAAUCGCAGAGUACGUUUUACUGGCUGUUGCAAGUGCACUUCAAGUUGCAUAUAUUCGCCGUCUUUUUAGCAAGUCAGUUGCAUACAACCGGGUUUGAGACAUGUUAUCAUUGCAGUCUGUUUUUUUAACAAGAGGAUGGAUGUUAUACAUGGGUUUCGGAAAACUUACGCAUUAAGAUUUGUUGGUUUUCCCAUAAUUUAAUAGAAUUAGUUUAUGAA